AUGGCGGCGCCCAGUGAAGUGGACGCACCUGCCUCCGGCGAAGACGGUGGCGAGGGCAGCGGCUUUGGGUCGUGGCUAGAUGGACGGCUGGAGGCGCUGGGAGUGGACCGAGCUGUUUACGGCGCCUACAUCCUGGGUGUCCUGCAGGAGGAGGAGGAAGAAGAGAAGCUGGACGCUCUGCAGGGUAUUCUCUCAGCUUUCCUGGAAGAAGAUUCCCUCCUUAACAUCUGCAAGGAGAUUGUGGAACGAUGGUCAGAAACUCAGAAUGUUGUCACCAAAGUGAAAAAAGAAGAUGAGAUACAAGCCAUUGCUACCCUAAUUGAGAAACAAGCACAGAUUGUGGUGAAGCCCAGGAUGGUGUCAGAAGAAGAGAAGCAGAGAAAAGCUGCCCUCCUGGCCCAGUAUGCUGAUGUGACAGAUGAAGAGGACGAAGCAGAUGAGAAGGAUGAUUCAGGUGCCACCACAAUGAACAUUGGUUCUGACAAAUUCCUGUUCCGAAAUACCAAUGUGGAAGAUGUCCUCAAUGCCCGGAAACUGGAGCGAGACUCGCUUCGGGAUGAGUCCCAGAGGAAGAAGGAGCAGGACAAGCUGCAGAGGGAGAAGGACAAACUAGCCAAGCAGGAGCGCAAGGAAAAGGAAAAGAAAAGGACACAAAGAGGGGAACGAAAGCGAUAACCGUGGUCAACUCUCUGCUUCCUCCUCAUGAACUGACCCGAGGGAGAACUGGUUGUGCACAUGUGUAUUUAAGAGAAAUGGGAGGACGUUGCAAAGUGGUUUCUCAAGGCAUUUCCCCUCGUUUACGUGGUCAAAAGGAAAAUCCCAAACACUUCUAAUAAGAUGUGCCAUGUCUCUGUGCUGUGGGUAAUCAGAUUGUUGUAGUUGAUACCUGUACCAAAGAUCUGGAAGGGGAGCAACCUUUAUAUUUUAGUACCGAAGUCCUGUGCUCCUUUUGGCCACUUUCAAAAGUCUUCCCUCACCUUGGGUAAACCCAGGAAUAUUCAGAAAGCUGACAGUUUUUAUCCUGAAGGAGCAGAAUCAUGACCACUCCUUCCCUGAGAUGAAAUGUGGGAGUGUAAAUUGCUUCAGAAGUACUGUUUACCCCUAAAUGUAUUGUUUUAAGACUCAAGUAGAAAGCUAAUGAAGAGCCCACCUGGAUCCAGAUUUUAUGUUGCAUGGCAACAAACUAGGAAAAUGAGAAUUAUUUGAUGGAUAUUCUAGAUUUGAGAAUUUUUUUUUUUAAAAGUUCACCCUAUGGGAGGAAAGGAAGUAUCUUUUUUAAGUAGAGAUAGUUAACAUUUUUCCUCAUUUAGGUUGUGAUUUUAAGAAGGAUGUGUCAGUAUUGUGUGCAAGGAUAUCAUUGUUAUCUAGAUUCCUCUUGAUUGCUAGUAAGAGAUUUUAAUCUUGUUUUGCCCUAAAACAUGAGUAUAAAGACCUGAUAAUUACAGGUUUAGAGGAAAUGGAGGAACUUCCUUUUAAGGAAGAGACACUGGAAAUCUCUGCUAACAAAGAUAUUUAAGAGUGUACAUAGUAGGUGCUCAACAAAUUGAAUGAGUGAGUGAAUGGGAAAAUUGCUUGGGAGAGUCAAAAGUGAGCAGGAACUCUCCAUUUCUACUUUUGUCACAAGCGACAGUUUUAAAUCAGGCUUUUCUCUUCUUCAGGCAACAGACUGUCAAGAAGCCUGAAGAGAGCAAUUUCUCGGACAAAACAAAGAACUCCUUGCUUUUGACGAUUUGAAGCAUUAACAAUUUCAUCCUUUCUACGUGACUGUACAAUGUGAAUGGACUCCAAGUGUCUAUCAAGAGCAGUAGAGAUAUUGGCAUGAAGGGGAGAGCUUCGAAGACGUUCCAUUUUGCCUAGUAAAGUUACAACCUGA